AUGGGGAUGGUUAUCCCCUUCUCCCCAGGAGUUGCUUUCUUGGAUUAUUACUGUGGGGGCUGGUCUGGAAGCAGGCCUGGGGAUUUGGACAGUGCUGCUAUUCCCAAGGUUUUGGGGUUUAGUAUCCUGGGCUCUCCCCAUCAGGGUAGCUCUUCCCAUAUGAGUGAUAUUGAUUUUGGAAGACAGCUUUGCAAGAUUCUUCAGAGGCAGCCGUUAAUCUACAUUAUGCUCAACUGCUUCAGUCAAGGAAUUAAAAACUCUGGCCUUUGGACUGUAACAGCGAGCAGUCAGCUGCUGUCGCUGCUGGGCCAGGUCCCCCCGGCCGGGUGGUUGCUGCCCAGCGGCGUCCACGGCGAGGAGGGCACGGGCCGCCUGUGGAGGUCGCUGACCUUCUUCGUCGCGCUCCCCAGGGUGGCAGUCAGCAUGCUGAACGCCUACCUGAAGUUGCGGAAACAUCACGAACCGCCCGAAUUCGUCCCCUACCCGCAUCUCCGCAUCCGGACCAAGCCUUUUCCAUGGGGAGAUGGAAACCAUACUAUGUUUCAUAACCAUCAUGUCAAUCCUCUCCCAACCGGUUAUGAGGAUGAAUAAAGAAAACUUGGGCCAUACUAAUCAAGCACUGGGGGACCACAGCAGCUGAUGGACCAUCCUUUCCUCUGUAUGUGGAUCAGAAAAUUCUAUGGGACCUUAAGUUAACUUCCAUCACACAGUAACAAAUAUGUUGACCUUUUAUCAUUUUGCUUGUGAUUGAGGAAGGCUUAAAUAAAUCUUACCUUAGACCAUGAAAAAAAAAAAAAAACCAAAAAAA